UUUAUUGGUGGAAGUGGAUUAUUAGGUAUUCAAAUGUUCUUCAUUAGAUUUAUUUGGAAUUUAAAAUCGUUGUGUGCCUUCAAAUGAUUGCAAUUUGACACUUUUGAUUAAUGAAAAUUUUUACAUGGUAGAUUUCAUUUAAGAGCUCUAUAUACUAUGUUAAAUCUAUCUUUGAUAUAUUUUCACCAUGUGUCCUUUUUUAUUUCAAUAAUUCAAAAGUGAUAAUCCUCAUUACUGUAUAUUGUCAAAUUUAUAAGAUGGCCUCAAGUAAAGAUAAAAUGGAUGGACUCAGUUUUAAAUGGUCAGAUGAUCCUGAGUAUGAAAUGAAAUUUUGUGAGCUUUGUAUAAAGUUCAUUAGAAUAAAUGGACGUGGAUCAUCAUUUAAAUGGAAGGAGAUUGACCAAGAGUUUGAAGAGGCCAUCAACCGAAAAGUUCCCCCAAAAACUUUAAAGAAUAAGUUUGAUAAAAUGAGGAAAGAUUGGCGACUUUGGAAGUUUCUGAAGUAUGGUUAAACUGGAUUAGGAUGGGAUCCUGUUACAGGAAAGCUUAGUUGUUCAGAUGAGUGGUGGGAUAGAAAAAUUAAGGAGAAACCUGAGGCUAAAAUAUAUCGUAAUAAGUCGGUAGAUCCCUCGAUUGAGGAAUACUGGAGACAACUGUUUGAUGACAAUUAUGCAACUGGGGAAGAGUUUGUUGCACCCUCUAUGGAUCCUGAAUUGGUACAACCUGUGGAACAUGUUAAUGUUGAGGGGGAGGGUAAAGAAAGUGGUGGGGAAGACAAUCAUCAUUAUGAGAUUGAUGGAGAACAUGUUUAUGCAGAAUACAGACGACAUGCUUCUCAAGUGGAAAAUCUAUAUCCCGAAGAAAAUGAUUUUUUGCCUGAUUUUAUGAAUGAGGUGGGUGGUACCCAUGUGCCUACCCAAGGUCUUGGAGUCACACAAAUACCUGGUGAAUAUAUUGAAGGUGCACAAGUGACUGGUCAAGGUGGAGGCACAAUUAGAGAUGCACACACCCAAAACAUGACUAACCAACCUAUUAAGGGGAAUCGUAAAAGAAAGCGUUCAGGAGGGGCAGCAAAGCUAGGUGGUCAAAUAGAAACUUUGAUAUCUCAAUCGAAUAAGGCAUUGGAAAUAAUGCAAUCUGGUGGUUUCAUAAGUAAACAAGUUGAUGGUAGUUCUAACAUUGCUACAGCAAUGACUGUUAUAAAUCGGAUGGUUACCAAAGGUGUUUUGGAAAAGGGUGGUGAAUUGUGGUGCUUUGCGACUUGUUUGAUUGAGAAUGAAACAAGGCGGGAGAUUUUUCUAAACAUGGGGGAUGAUGAUGAUUCUAGGAAAUCUUGGAUAACAUAUUUACAUUCCAAAAAAAAUGAAUGUUGACAUUAGUUAGGAGUGCUUGAGCCAUUGAUUUUGAUUUGUUAUAACAUUAGCUUGAAUGACUUAUGCCUCUGAUUUUGAUUUGUAAUUAGUUCCAGCUUUGUCAUAAGUCAUAACAUUAGCUUGAAUGGCUUAUGCCUCUGAUUUUGAUUUGUAAUUAGUUCUAGCUUUGUCAUAAGUCAUAACAUUAGCUUGAAUGGCUUAUGCCUCUGAUUUUGAUUAGUAUGGCUUAUGCCUCUGAUUUUGAUUUGUAAUUAGUUUCUGAUUUGUGAAUGUUAACAUUAGUUUGAAUGGCUUAUGCCUCUGAUUUUGAUUUGUAUGGCUUAUGCCUCUGAUUUUGAUUUAUAUGGCAUAAUUCCAAUGAUUGUUUUGAUAUGUGCUCAACAUCACACUGAAGGUGAAGUUCAUAUUUGAAACUUCUCAUUUUGCAGCUUAAAGUUGGUGCUAAUGUUAUUAUGGAUAAUAAAAGAGAAAAUAAGAGAAGAAAGUAUGCAUUUUAUUGGAAUAUAAGAUCAAGUGCAAUAGGUGCAAUUGCUACAUAUUACUAUAAAUAUAUCUAUAAAGAACCAUGUAUGACUUCACUUCAAAGGGGGCAAGAUUGGAUGAAUGAGAUAUUGAAUGGCCACCCUGUUCGAUGUAUGAAUGCCUUUAGAAUGGACCCAACUUUAUUUAAACAGUUGUGUGAAGAUUUGCAAUCAAAAUAUGGACUGCAACCAAGUAAGAGAAUGACAGUUGAAGAGAAGGUGGGCAUAUUUGUGUAUACACUUGCUAUGGGUGCUUCUAAUAGGGAUGUUAGAGAGCGCUUUCAACAUUCUGGAGAGACUAUUAGCAGAGCAUUUCAUGAAGUUUUAGAAGCAAUUAGUGGUAGAAGUAGGGGCUACAGGGGUCUAGCACGUGAUAUCAUAAGACCAAAGGAUCCAACUUUUCAAUUUAUACCGCUGCAUAUUUCUAAUGAUGAGCGGUACAUGACUUAUUUCAAGGAUUGUAUUGGAUGUAUUGAUGGUACUCAUAUAGCUGCAUGUAUUCCUGAGGCGGAUCAAAUGCGUUAUAGAGGUAGAAAAGGAAUCCCCACCUUCAAUGUCAUGGCAUGUUGUGAUUUUGAUAUGUGUUUCACAUUUAUAUCAGUUGGAUGGGAGGGAUCAGCGCAUGACACACGUGUUUUUCUUCAUGCAAUUAACACACCAGCGUUAAACUUUCCAAAGCCACCAGAUGGUAGAUAUUAUUUGGUUGAUAAAGGAUAUCCUGAUAAAGAAGGAUAUAUGGUGCCUUAUCCUAGGAUAAGGUAUCAUCAGUCUCAGUUCGAACAUGAACCCCCAACUAAUGCUCAAGAAGCCUUUAACCAAGCACAUUCAUCUCUUAGAAGUUGCAUAGAAAGAUCAUUUGGAGUGCUGAAGAAAAGAUGGAAGAUACUAAACAAAAUGCCGCAAUUUAGCGUUAAGACCCAAAUUGAUGUUAUUAUAGCUGCAUUUGCGUUGCAUAACUAUAUUCGCAUCAACUCACAAGAUGAUGCAAUGUUUACUAUUCUUGAGCGACAUCCAAAUUACAUACCUAAUGAUGAACUUCCGGAUAUUGUUGAUGGUUAUCAAGGUAGUGAAAGACAAGAGGGAAGAUCAGGGAGAUCAACCAAGACGAAGGAAAUGCGUAACAAUGUUGCUGCUUUAUUAUGGAAUAUUAGGCGAUAGACUUAUUUUGAUUAUUACUUUGUAUUAACAUAAUUGUUGUUAAGCUUGUUAAAAUAACAUGAUUGUUGUUAAGAUUAUCUUAAUUUUGGAUUAAUAUAA